AAUUCUCACCUUUUUUCAUAUUCCCAUCACAAGAAACUAAACAAAUAAAAAGAAAAUUAGAAUUUUUAGAUAAAAAAUAAAAAAUAAAAAAUAAAUUAGAUCUCGGCGUCGUAGCUGUUGAAUGUGGAGGUUAUUCCGCCAACUCCUCCACCGUGCAUGAGCUUCCUCCGCCGUCACCAUGCCUGCUACUCGUCCUUCAUCCGAUCAAAUCCUCCACCGUCUCUCCUCCUCCGAAUACGAAAUCAAGCUCAAAGCUAUCAGAGAAGUUAAAAAUCAGAUUAUCGGUAACCGUACCAAGAAACUCUCGUACAUCAAGCUCGGAGUCGCUCCCGCCGUCGCCGUUGCUCUUGCUGAAGCAAACGCUGAUUCCGAUUCCGGUGCCAAUCUUAUAGUUCAAUCGGCCGCUGUUCUUGGUAGCUUUGCUUGUGGCGUCGACGAAGGCGUUCACGCCGUCCUUGACACCGGAGCUUUUCCUCAUUUAAUUCGGCUCCUCUCCGUCGCCGAUGAGAAGGUAGUGGAUGCGGCUGCGCGCUCUUUACGAAUGAUUUAUCAGUCGAAACUGGCUCCGAAAUUUGAUUUUCACAAGGAAGAAAACAUGGAUUUUCUUCUUUCACUAUUGAGAAGUGAGAAUGAAAAUCUUACUGGACUUGGUGCAGGUAUUGUUAUUCAUUCUUGUCAGACAAGGGAUGAACAAAAUAUAUUAUCUGAUGCUGGUUCUUUAGAGAAACUUAUUAGCGGUCUUGAUGGUUCAAUAAGCCAGCGAGAUGCUAGUUUAGAGUCCAUAGCUACGAUUCUUAAAAAGAAUCCAGGAGCUGUCGCUAAGUUUGCGGAACUUCAAAAUGGAAGAGCGCUGCGUUCUGUAAUUGAAUUAACCAAGGAUCGACACUCUCGGACAAGGUUGCUGGCCUGCUUGUGCCUAAUCUGUAUAAAGAAUUCUUCGUCGCGCGUUCUGCAAGACAUAGCAAUCAAAACCAAAUUGAUAUAUAUUUUGCUUGAGCUCCUUGAUGAUUCUGGUCAAGUUGGAGAAGAGGCUUCCUUUGCUUUUUCGAGUUUAGUUGCUGGAAAGGAAGAUAUGCAGAAGUUAGCAUUUGAAGCAAAUGCUAUAGACAAAUUCUACAAUCACUUGCAAAAUUGUGAUUUACAUCCCAAACGUCUUGAAGGGAUAUUUCUAGCACUGGCCGAUCUUUGCUCAAAACUGGAAUGCUGCAGGGCGAGGUUUAUGUCAUUGCAGGUCUUAAAUCUACUAAUUAAUGCCUUAACCCAUGAUGAAGCCAAUGUGCGGACUGCAGCUUGCAUUUGCUUAAAAACUGUCUCACGCUCAAUCAAGAAUUUGAGUGCAGGUUAUUUCAUGAAUGAAAGGAUUGUCAUUCCAUUAGUACGGCUUCUCUCUGAUCUUUGCACUUCUGUCCAGGUUGCAGCCCUUGGUGCUAUUAGCAACAUAGUAGUGGACUUUACACCAAAUAAGUCAACAUUCAUACAAUGCGGUGGCAUUAAAGAGCUUGUCCAUUUGACAAAGUCUAUGGAUUCGUCUUUAAGGUUGAAUGCUGUGUGGUCCUUGCGGAACAUGAUAUUUCUCGCUGAUAAGAUGUGCAAGGAAGCAAUUUUUAUGGAGUUGACUGCUUCUUCAGUAGCUAGCCUUAUCUGUGAUCCCGAGCCUUCUGUUCAACACCAAGCUUUGGCCCUUGUUCGCAAUUUUGUUGAUGGAUGUAUGGAUUGUGUUGAAUUUGCUUUUGCUGAAAAUGGUAUCAUACUGGAUGCUGUUGGAAGGCAAUUGAAAAAAUCCUCAAGAGUUGAAAUCAUUAUACAGGGGAUGUACGCAGUCAGCAAUAUUGCAAGUGGAAAUGAGUUUCAUAAAGAAGCCAUAAUGCAGCUUCUCUUUCCAGAAGAAGAAAGUGGAUCUCACUCUUUCUUGAGUCAGUAUUUGCACAACAAUGACAGCCGUCUACGCACAUCUUCUGCUUGGAUCAUAGUAAAUCUCACUGCUCCUGCAAGUCCCGGUGCAUUUGGCCGGAUUGCAAAACUGCGCAGUUAUGGCAUUGUUUCUCAAAUCAAGAGGAUGGCCAGUGACCCUUGCAUGGAUGUUAAGCUUCGAGCGCGAAUUGCACUUGGGCAGAUUAUUUCUUUUGGCGAUAGUUAAAUCAAUCAGUUCUUCCUUUUAGAGCACCUUAUAAGUUCCUCCUUCUGCUUCCAGCUUCCAAAACGGUGUUUCAAUUUGCUUUUAUUUUUUUCAACCAGUCAGAGCAGUGUAAAGCUUUUCAAUUUUGUAAGCACUCCUGACCCGGUUACCAUUACCUUCCCCAAAGUCUAUUAUUUUCUUGUAAGUUGGAAGCUCAAAGUAGAUUUACAGGCUAUAUAGCAUUGUGCCAUAUGAGUAGAGUCAGUGUCGAUUUUAGAACUUAGUUUCAACUUCAUUGUGGUUCUGAUGCAGUGACAAAUAGUGGAGUUUUAUGGGUAAGCAAAGUGCUGAGGGGUAAUGCUUGAGGGUGUUUCUAGUUUUCGUGCGUAUUUAGUAACUUGUAAACAAGCUUUUGUGGUUCAUAAAUUGCUUGUUCUCUUUUCAGUGAA